CUUCUACAUUACAUUAUUAUACUUCCAAGAGUAAUUGCGCAACACAACUUAGAUGGCGGCACUAUGAAAUUUCUCUAGUCUCGAAUUUCACUCUGUUCUUUCUCACUAUUCCGAAACAAUCCGUUCCAACCUUGGUCUCCUCUUUGCUUCUGUUUUAACACCUCGGCGGGAGCAGAAAGCGACGAUGAAGAUGUAGCUUCAUCAUGAUCCGAAGCGGAUGAACAGGAUAUUGAUGUUCUAUCCAUGAAAUCAACAAGAACCAGCGACAAGAACAGUUUCUCAAGUUCUCGGCCACAUACGUGUGAAGAACAGAAAUGUCGAUCUUUUGCGCGGUAACGAGUGUGAUCGAAUUCGUGAUAUUAGUGGCGAUAACUGGAAUUCUGGCCUCUUUCGCUGCCGUGUUGCGUUUGAUGGAGUUGACCAUCAACCUGAUUCAUCCUGUCACCAUUUUUAUGCUCCGCCAGUCUGGUAAAUUAAUCGUUUAUGGUACAACCCAAGCUAAAAACUUGACGUCCAAAUCGUUCCGGAAGCUGUGCUGUAUUAGAAUAUUCCCUACUCGGUUGGCGGCGGCGGAUAUAAGCAUGCGACAACCGUUCCUCCCAUAUCAGAGAAACGUGUUGGACGUUGUGGAGGAAACUUUCCCGCGGAAAGAGGACGUCAUGUUCACGGAGAGACUGAUGGAAGAGGCUGAACUCGACAACGUUAACGAACCGAUGUCUGAGAAAAAUGUGAGCGAGAAAGGGGUCGAAACGAACUUGGAAGAGAUGGAAGGGACGAGCGAUGAAACUAAGGAGAAUAUUGACGAGGAAGGGCUCGAGGACGAGGAAGAGGAAGAGAAAGAGGAAGAGGAAGAGGAAGAAGAGGCGGAAGCGGAAGAGGAAGCGGAAGAGGAAGAGGAAGAGGAUGAGGAUGAGGAUGAGGAAGAGAAGUGAUACCGAUCGAAACAUCUGACGAUUGAAAUACAAAAAUUACUAUCAAAAAGCAGAAACGAUCGGUAACGAAAAAUUCCUUCAAAUGUGUAGAUUAUUUCAUUGCUUGAAAAUUGUCAGUAUAUUUUUGAAAUACAAUGUCCAAACUGCA